AUGGCCACCGUCAACACCAAGACUGGCCAGUCCAUCGACCGGACGGUGCUGGACUCCAUGCUCCGCCGCCGCAUGUUCUACACCCCCUCCUUCGAAAUUUACGGUGGUGUCUCUGGUCUGUAUGAUUAUGGCCCACCUGGAACUGCCCUGAUCGCCAACAUGACCGACUUGUGGCGCAAGCACUUCGUGCUCGAGGAGGACAUGCUUGAGGUCGACACCACCAUGUUGACCCCCCACGAGAUUCUCAAGACCAGUGGUCACGUCGACAAGUUCGCCGACUGGAUGUGCAAGGACCCCAAGACUGGCGAGAUCUUCCGUGCCGAUCACUUGGUUGAGGAAGUGCUCGAGGCCCGCCUCAAGGGAGACAAGCAAGCGCGCGGCGAGAAAGUUGUUGUGGACGAGGAGAAGGAGGCCAAGAAGAAGAGAAAGGCCAAGGGCACUGAGGCCAAAAAGCUGGAUGAUGCCCUUGUCAAGGAGUACGAGGAGACCCUCGCACAGAUUGACAACUAUGGUGGCCCUGAGUUGGAGCAGCUCAUCAAGAAGCAUGACAUCCGCAACCCCGUCACCGGCGGCGAGGUGCUGCCUCCGGUCUCCUUCAACCUCAUGUUCCAGACCUCCAUUGGCCCCAGCGCCAACAUGCCUGGCUACUUGCGUCCCGAGACCGCCCAGGGUCAAUUCCUGAACUUCGCUAAGCUUCUGGAGUUCAACCAGCAGUCGAUGCCUUUCGCCUCUGCCUCCAUUGGCAAGUCGUUCCGUAAUGAGAUUUCCCCGCGUGCGGGUCUCCUUCGUGUCCGCGAGUUCCUUAUGGCCGAGAUUGAGCACUACGUCGACCCAGAGGGUGGCAAGAAGCACGUUCGCUUCGAUGAAAUCAAGGAUACUGAGCUGUCUUUGCUCGACCGUAACGUACAGCUGUCCGGAAGCACCAAGCUGACCAAGAUGACCAUCGGCAAGGCCGUUGAGAGCGGACUGGUCGAUAACGAAACUCUGGGUUAUUUCUUGGCCCGCAUUCAGUCCUUCCUGUUGAAGCUUGGUGUUGACCCCACCAAGCUGCGCUUCCGUCAGCACAUGGCCAAUGAGAUGGCUCACUACGCUACUGACUGCUGGGAUGCCGAGUUGCAGACCAGCUACGGCUGGAUCGAGUGUGUCGGCUGUGCUGACCGCUCCGCUUACGAUCUGACUGUUCACAAGGACAAGACUGGUGCCCCUCUCGUGGUGCGCCAGGCCCGUGCUGAGCCUCUGCGUAUUGAGGAGUACCAGAUUGACCUCGAGAAGAAGAAGUUCGGUCCCCGAUUCAAGAAGGAUGCCAAGACUGUCGAGGCAGCUAUCGACGCUCUGUCCCAGGAGCUGCGCGAAAAGUUGUCUCUUGACCUCGAGAAGAAUGGCAAGAUUGAGGUCGAUGUUGAGGGUGUUGGAUCUGGUAAGGUCGAGAUCGAGAAGGACUUGAUCAAGAUUGAGAAGCGUACUCGUGUUGACAAUGUCCGCGAGUACACCCCCAACGUCAUCGAGCCCUCCUUCGGUAUUGGACGUAUCUUGUACAGUAUGAUUGAGCACUCCUACUGGUCCCGCGCCGGUGACGAGACUCGUGGUGUAAGUCCUUUCUUUCCCCCCGCUGUUGCCCCCACAAAGGUCCUGCUGGUUCCCCUCUCCACUCACGCCUCCUUCAAGCCUCUGACCCAGCGUCUGACUUCGAAGCUGCGCAAGGCCGGUGUCUCCAACCGUGUCGAUGACUCUUCUGCCAGUAUCGGUAAGCGUUACUCCCGUAACGACGAGCUGGGCACACCCUUCGGUAUCACUGUGGAUUUCCAGUCCGUUCAGGACAACACCUUCACCCUGCGCGACCGCGAUACCACUAAGCAGGUCCGUGCCAGCGAGGACGAGAUUCUGCAGGCUGUCAAGUCGCUUGUUGAGGGCGACGAGACAUGGGAGGAUAUCCGCAAGCGCCUGCCUGAGUUCACUUCCCAGGAAGUCGAGGCUUAG